GCCUAGCACUAGUCUCGCUCCAUGUCCGGUCGCCAUAGUGCUCCGAGGAUCCCGUGCGUGUGUAUGUGCGCCACUCGGCUAUCUGUCGUGUGCACGUUCUCCCGUUUCCCGUGAUAGCUGUGUGCGGAAGAGUCGUGGCGCGCCUGAGAAAUUCCGCGUUCCAUUCUCAAUUCUGCGUUUCGUCGACGCGUCCUGGGAUAUUCAUCGCCACGUGAAGUAAACACGCUCGGAUAAGACAGCCAAAAAGAUGGAUGUUCAGACAGGACUUAUAUGCAUUGGGAUUGUUGUCAUCUCAGCUGCUGCCAUCUUAUGUAUAUCAGUGUUUAGUAUAAGAGAAACAUCUUACGAGGAAGCAAUUGCAGAACAGAGAAAACUUCCUGAUGAUCUUCUAUCAAAUAAAAAGGAUAAAAAUAAAGAAAAGAAACACAAGAAUAAGGCUGGGAAAAAAGUGAAGGAGAAGAAAGAAGAGAAGGAGGAUAAAGAAGAUAAAGAUGAAAAACCAGAUCAUGUGCAAUUCGAAGAGACUCCUCAAAUAUUGCCUCCUGAACCACCAGUGCAGGAGAGUAACAAAGGCAAUAAGAAGAAAGGGAAACUUGAAAAGAUAAAACCAAUCCUCAUAAAUAAAGAUGAGCCAUUAGUCUUUGUGAGUGAAUCAAGUUCCUCGCAACCUCCCUUGGCAGAGGCUAACCAUUUUGACCUCACUCAUCCAAAGGAUGACUUUGAACUCGUACGGAGUCAUAGUAAAGAGAAUCUUCAACAGACUGCUCAUGCGGAAACGGUGGAGAAAGUUAACAAAUCACCAAAGGAUACUCCAACCAAAACGAAGAAACAUAAUAAAGAUGUGAAAAAGAAAGAUGAAAGCUCUAAAGAGGAGAAGCAAGACGCCAAUAUUCACACGAAUGCGUCUUCUACCAAUAAGGAAGUUGCGAAAGAAGCAAAGGAGCAGCAGAAGGAAACACCGGUCAAAGAAGUAAAAGAAGUCGCCAAGGAAGUUACGAUUCCGCAGUUAUCAAACAAGGAGUCUAAAAAAAUGAAGAAAAAGAACGAUCUGGUAUCUCAGAUUGACUCAGAUGCAGUAAACGUUGAAUUAUUGAUGCUCUGCAUUAAAAAAGCGGAGCUAAGUCGCUCUGAAAUACAGAUUCUUACCGAUCAGCUUCUGAAUAAGCAGCAAGACAAUCCGGUAGAGCAUUCUGAAUGGACGGAAGGUCGCGCCGAUCCCGUUAUUAAAUUGAAGAAGCAAUUAGCGGAAAAGGAAAAAGCAUUGAUCGAUGAGCACGAGGCGAGCGUCAAUUUGCAAAAUAAAUUGAAGGAGAUGAGAAAUGAGUUCACCACCGAGAAAUCUCGACUUACGGCGACUAUCAGACAGUUAGAGGAAUCGCUGAACUGUAAGAUUACGGAGAAUCAAACUUUGAACACCCGAAUGCAACAUAUUCUGGAGACUCACGCCGCGGAAAAGCAAGGUUUCGCCAGACAAAUCGAGCAACUGCAGACCAAAGUGAGCGAGGACACCGCCAUUAUCCAUAAGUUGCAAGAAGAUCAAGGGCAGACUCAGGGUCACCUGCAGCAGGAAUUGAUGGCACAGCGUAAGCAGAUGGAAGUGCAGUUUGCCCAAAUACGCGACAAUGAAAACGCGUUGAAGGUUCAGCUGACCCAGAAGCACGUGGAGGUGCAGGAAUUGCAAAAUGAAUUACAGGCAACUGUCGAUAGUAGCGCCACAGAAAUGGAGAUGAUGCGCCAGCAAAUGGGAAUGAUGCAGACUCAAUUGGUGCAUACCGAAUCACAAUUACAGCACUUCAAAGAAACGAACGAUCAGCUGCAAGACAUAGCUAGACAACUUGAGGACUCUCGUCGUAUACAGGCGGAUUUGGAACAUCGUUUGAAAAAUGGACAUCGACACGAGCAGGAGUUGCAGAAGCAACUGAACUCGUUGCAAGCUGAAUUAAACGUUUCAAAGAGUGAGGCUCAUGAAGCUGCCACUUUGAAAGCGGAACUCGGUAAAACUCAAGCCGAACUGAUGAAGUUGAAGUCGGAGUUGUCGGUCUCGAUAAACGAAGCUAAGUCGGAAGCAGCCGAAAUUACAGCCCUGAAAACCACACUGACCAACAAGGACGAGGAAUUGAAGAAGUUUCACGAUCUACUUAAUGUCGUGCAAAACGAUCUCCAGCAAUCUACCGCUCACGUGACACUUAUGGAAUCCAAACUAAAGUCUGUACAAAUGGAAUUGGACGGAGCGAAGAACGAUUACGAGAAAGCGGAGCGUAAUCUGAAAGAGACGAAGAACGAGACGAACAAAUAUCAAAGCGAAGUGCAAACAUUGCAAGAAACACUAGCGGCUACACAAGCGGAAUUAGCUAAGGCUCGUACUCAGAUCAGACAAUCAAACGAAAUAGCAGCCGAGUUGAAAGCUUUACAAAGUUUAGUAGCGGCCAAUGAACUACAGAAUAACGAAAGCAAAUCGAUAGAAGCGCAAAUUGAAUCCAUGAAAACUUUCUUGCAAGAAGAGAACGAUAGAUUAGGUAUAGAGGUUGCGAGGAAGAGAGAAAUUUUAGAGAAACAUAAAGAGCAAGACAUCAAUGCAGAUGUGUUACCUGUAGCAAAUGAAAAUUUAUCUAAAGAACUGGCGACUUUAUCGGAGACAUUAGCACGCAAAGAGGAAGAGCUCAAGAACGUAGACGAACGGUUACAUCGAAUGGAAAGUGAGGCGAAGAAAUGUCAACGUCUCGUUGUAGAGCUGCAAGAAGCUUUAGAAGUCCAGAAGUCCAAAAAUAAUGAUUUACGCUCAAAGAACUGGAAAGCGAUGGAAGCUCUUGAUGCUGCUGAAUCGCGUGCCAAAUUGAGUAAUGAAAAGAAUGAACAGACGACAACGCAAAAAGUCAAAGAGCAGCAGGAAGAGAUAACUAAAACCCUUCUGCAGAGGAUAUUCCCAGAGAUUAAGGUUUCCGAUAAAACGUACGAACAGUGGCUCAAAACUUUCGAGAGUGAAGUAUGUGUUGUUUUGAAUAAAUUAAAGCAAGAGAAUCAGUCAACUACAGAUUUAGAGAACCAAAACAAGAGUCUACAAGACAUGGUUACACAUUACAAAAAGAUUAUCUUCGACACGGAAACUAUGCUUACUAAACUUCAAAACCAAAUAGAAUCUGAGGAAACAAGUUGGCAGUCACUACUUCAGCAGAAAGAUAGCGAAAUAGCGAAUCUUAGAGUAGAAUUUAACACAUUGCAAACUAAACUAUCAUCGAGCGAAGAGUUGAAACAGAAGGUGAAGGAAUUGGAAAGUCGAUUGGAGCAGAAUAGUGCCGAAAUAUCACAUGUGGCCUCGUUAAAAACUAAUUCAUCCUUUAAGGAAUUGGACAGCAAAGACCUCGCCGCUUUAGAGCAAUUACAAGAAGAAAAGGCGCGAUUAUCGCAGGAAUUGGAAGUAGAAUGCAACAAGAGGGCGACGUUGGAUGCCGAGGUUACGAAACUGCGUUCUCUGGUCGAAACUAGCGAAGAGCGAUUGGUAUGCGAGAAAGAUCUUGUUACGCAGCUACAACAGGAAGUGUCUCAACUCAAGAACGAAAUUUGUGGCGGAUGUAGCAGCUCGGAUCAGUCUAUACUAAACGGUCCACCCACAUCAGAUUCUCUUCAGUCUGAGUCUUCUCUAGCAUCUCAAGCAAUGAUAGAAUUAAAAAGUACUCUCAAGAAUAAAGAGUUUGCUGUAAACUGUUCUAUAACCAAGUCUGUCAAUUUGGCCAGUCAGUCCGAACAAGCAAUUGAGAACAGCUCCCUUACUACAAAUCAUUCCUCCAAAUCCUGUCAUAUGACAGAUCACAGACAGGCUAAUGGAAAACCAUUGAAUGGCCAGCAACAAAAUAAGAGCAAGAAAAAGAAAAAGAAAAAGGGUGGUUCAGGAAAAAAAUAACUUCGAAAAAUAAGCUACGCUAGUGCAGUCCGAGUAAUCCCUGGUGGUUAAAGAAAAUGAAAUGAACGUGCAAAUGUGAAACGCGAACACACACAGCACUACUAUAUAUAUAUACAUAUAUAGGUAUAAAUAGCAUACUUUGCUACUCAAAAGACUAAUAUAAAGUGAAAAUAUAUUACAAUAAUGUUUAUUGUAAAAAAAUAUCAUAUUUUAUUAUGUGGAAGAAAAACAAAUAUACAAUUAAAACGCGUAGCAAUUAAAUGGAAAAAAAUUUUUAAGAUAACAGGCAUAUGUGAUGAUUCUGUGUAUACAAUUUAUAUAGUCAUUAUAAAUGACUGUACACACUGAUAUCUAUAUACACAAUUGUAAAAGUUAUCAAAUUUUACGCAUAAAGUGAAUUGCCGCGAUAUUAAUUGUUUAUAGAUUAUCUAUGAUAGGCUCGUACUGAUUUUAUUUUCUUGUAACAAAAAAAGAGAUUCAGAACAAAACAGUAUACGUUUUUGCAACUCUCGGAAAAAUUUUACGUCACAUUUGUUCGUGUUUUCCAUCCAUGACUUUACGCUACAUUAUGAUAUUUAAAAUCUGAUAUUACUUAUUUUUCAUUCAAGAAUUCUCGAGACUGUUGUUUAUCCAAUGUCAUAUAAAAGUUGCGAAGCUGCACGGGCUCUACAUAUAUAUUUAUUUAUCACGGUUAUAUUUGGCUUUUUUGACAUGAUAACGACAAUGUCAAUAUUUAAUUUGUUCUUUUUUUUAAUUAUUAGACGUAUGGACCAGAAAUAAAAAAAUAUAUAUAUAUAUA